UCAACAGAAAGCACACACACAGCUUCAAAUACAACAAAACAACCUUGUCAUCCAGCUACUUCCCAAAGCUUUCUUCUAGCAUAACCAAUUCUACUUCAUUGCAAAUACUGCAUUGAAAAUACCAGAUUAAUUACCAUCCUGCUCCUGCUCCUGCUCCUACUUUGACUCUGAUCAUUGUUUUGGACGCGUCUUUCCUCAACUUGUCGCAUCUGCUCAGCAUCGUCUGCAGCUUCACUUUUUUCCACACCUCUCUUCUCCUACUGUCACUGAACUGCUCACCUACACUUACGCGCUUCUUAACGCGUUUAUUAAUGCUACACAUCACUAUACCGCCCUAAUUGGCAUCUUAGUUUACCCAUAUCCUUCGGUUCCAUCCUAAUCGCGUUUAACGCGUGACGGAUCACAUGGAGUCGAAGACGAGCAGAUAUCAGUCUCGCAUCCUUAGGGAGAUGCAUCAAAAUACCGAGAAUCCUUUCAAUUCACCACCUUCUUCUACUGGUUCCCACGGAACCGUCACACUUACCUCAAAUAUUACUGGUCCUCAAGGCGAAUCGACGCGACGAAUGGAUGACCUAUCUAUUAACCUACCAAGCCAAGCUGCCAUGCGCAGCUCCAAGGGCCCUCAACCAUCCUCCCUUAACAUCAACACUUCUGUACUAGGACGAACCUUCCCCGAAUGGAGCCGCUGGAAUCCUAACGGACACGAAGACGAGAAGGAGAUGUGGGAAACUGCUAGCGACAACCUCCCAAUCUCCAAGGGAGAGGAGAAUAUAACGCCACUUGGAAGCCCUAACUCGUCGGUGGUCGCUACCCCUAGAGCGGAAGAAACAGAUAGAGAUAAGGUUGGGGCUGCAAAAGCAAAAAACACAGCCAAGGAUCGAAUAACAGCGGCAGAACGAGGCUCUCUCCGAACAAGGGCUCAGAUGCAACCACGAGUCGAAGACGGGUCCGAGUGCUCAUUAGAUUUCUCUGAACCUCUUGUACAGCCGCGGCGAGAUUCAGAAGAGCAAGGAAAUCAUCCACAGCUGUCGGCUUCCAAUGUCGCAAAAAAGGCCAAGCCUCGACGUGGCAAUGUCACAGCCCUACUCGAGACGCUCAAGACGGCCCAGACUAAACAGGCUGAGGCCAAGGAACAGCCGUCCAAACAGGUCUCCCCCAAGUCACAACCAUCAGCACAGCUCCAAAAUGUUGCCAAGGCCCAUACGGAGCGACAGCCGGACAUGGAUCAUGUGGCCAGUCCUACCACACCUAAUCAGACUGCCCGCUCGUUCUUUAUACCUAAUCUUUCCUAUAUGAACGACUUCCUAUCAGGUGCUCUGAAGCUGUCCUCCCUCCGAAAUGGCAUGCCUGUCUUCGUCAAACAUGGCAAAGUCCAUGACCGCGAAUCCAUGCUAUACACGGAUCAUCAUGCUGAUAUUGAAGCGCUCUCGAUUCCCGAGGAUGAAGAGAAGAUUUUCGUCUCUCUGGAUAAGAUCAAGGAUGAAGUUUACGCUUUGAAAGAGCAUGAUGAGUUUGUUUCGAAGCAGGCCGAACAACUUCAGGAAGAAGUCGAAGAACUCCACGUGCAGAUCGCGAAAUACAAGUCUCGGAAAGAUAGUGCUAUGGGCUCCGACUCGGAGAGUUCAAUAAUAGACUAUCUCAGCGCACAGAAGCAUCAAUUGGAAGAACAAGUCAGCUCUCUCCAGGCCCGACUAGAUAAGGCAAACCGGAAGAUUAGUAUCAACGAAAUUCAUACCGAAUCAUACAUCGCCGAGCGCGAUGAGGCUCUUAAAACUUCGACCGAACACUCGGAUAAGAUCAAGCAGCUUCAAUCCGAACUUGACAUGGCUCGCCGGCAACUCAAAUCGCUGCGCGAUGACAAACCCCGAGACGACAAUACGCUUGAGAUUGAGAUUAUGUCCCUACGCAAAGAUAACAGCUCAAUCCGACAGAAGUGGAAAUCCUUAUUGGAGGAAAACCAAUCUCUUCGGGAACACAAUGGAGAUAUUUCCCGACAGAACGAGUUGCUAAAUCAAGAGUUGAAGGAAACUAAGACAGAGUUGGAGGCACUUCGACGCGAGCACCAGCUGCUUUCAGAGGAGAAGAACGUGCUCAAGCAAGACAAUCUGAGCCUUGAGCGUCAUAACGAUGAAUUCUUCAACGACAACAAAGUUCUCAAGCAGCAGAACUCCUUACUUGAUCGACGAACGCACGACCUACAAAAUAAUCUUGCUCGAUUACAGAAGUUACUCGAUGCUACCAACGCAGAGACGGGUGAAGUGUCUGUUGACUUCAAAGACAUCAAGUAUCGACUCGAGGUGCAAAACCGCGAGCUUUCUAAGGAGAACGCCGAGCUUCAGCAACAGAUUAUUGAUCUAGAAGCGGAUUUUGCAUCCAGACGAGUGGCUUUAGAGCAAGAGAAACGUCGGCUGGGUCGCGCAAAUGCGCGUUACAAGGAGCAAUUCAACCAAAUCAGCGAACGAUUUGAGCAGAUUGUGAAGGAAAGCAAAGACGAAGCUGCCAUGUACGAGGAGCAGCAGACAGCCUUGACGCAGCAGUUAGAGCUCAUUGCCGACAAGGAGUCAGCUCUGGCAGACAAGCUGAAGAAGAGUGCUCUUCACGAAGCCAAGCUUCAGUCUGAACUCGAGCGGAGGACGGACGCUAUUAACGAGGCUCGUCAAAUUACUCAGGAAAUCAAGGACUUCAUGAGUACUGUAAACAAGAAGAAGCAUGCGAAGACGACGACGCGCAUCGCUGAACCAAAGGGCAAGUCGGUUGUUAGUGAGACAACAGCUAGAAGCACCACGUCUCAAACCGAUAUUCCCAUGCAGGAUGACUAUACGCAGCAGAUCGACCUUACACAGGGGUCUGACUUUGCAAGCAUUUUCACACAAGGCGAAAUGCCUAAACUACGGGAUGCUCUCCGUCAAGUUCGAAAUGACAACCGACAAGGCGACUCGAGCGACGAGGAAUCAUUUUUUGACGAUGACGAUAUCAGUGAACCGGCCAGCCCAAGUCUACCACCGCUGUUUGUGCCCAAUACUCGACAGCGGUCCGUUAGCUCACACAAGGCUGUCUCUGGAACAUCUAAGGGACGAACAGAGACAGGUAAAUCCCAGCCUGUUGGAAUACUUAAAGAAUCUCAACCUUCUCGCCUGAACUCUCAGAAACAGAAAACCAAGCAUGCCGCGAACGAAACAGGAUCCAAAGAUGUGCAGCAGCGCAAUAAGACUACCGAUUCCGUUUCUGGUGCACGAAAGACGAAGUCCGAGGAGGCUAAUACUCGAAAAGUUUCGUUUGGCCGACCAGCCUUGCAAGGAGCAAAGGAAUCUCGACCAACUUUAGAGACUGACCUUACGGGACGAUUGAGUGUUAAAUCGGGUAUGAGCAUUCAGAGCGAAAUUUCAGAGAUGGAUAAGUUCCAACGUCGCAACUCGGACAGUGCACGCUUCGAUAUCGAUUCAGAUCAUGAAGAUAAUAUGACCUCGGCUUUGUUCAUAGAUGAUAUCACACUUGGACAGAAAAAGAUGACAGAGAAACAAAAUACGAAGACAGCCAAGAACGAGCUUUCCAAGGACGCCAAGCGUGUUCUCGACAACCUUUGCCAUGAUCAUGAUUGCGGCAACUGCAUUGUCUGCUCACGAAUCAACUCUCGCGGACCCGGCCAGAAGCCUAUCCGCGCAAAGAAGCCAAUUCCCGUUACAGACCGAGGUGUAGAGAAGCAAGAUUACGAAGAUCAGCUUACAAUGCGCCCAUCGCAAGACCCGGCCAUGGCUUUGGCCAAGGUUAUCAGGUCUCUGGAGGACGAAGAACAACAUCUCAAAGAAGCUUUCAACAAGAGAGCUGUAGAAUUCGACAAGUGCGACCCGUCCGUCAACCGUAAGACGUGGAAGCGAUUGGGGUUUGAGAUUGACAGAAUCCGAAAAGUAAGAGACCUAAAGAGAGAUCAAAUCUACUAUCUCUAUGAUGCUCUUGAAGGACAGAAGGCGAGCGGGCAGGAGAUGACGGCAGAGUUCGUCGAGUACACCAUACACGGUGCAAUGAGCAAGGAUCAUUCAUGGAACGGCGUCCUUGAUAUCUGAAGGAGGAGUUGGGGGAAGGGGGAGUAUCCGGGGCUUUGUGUUAAUUAAGUGACCAGAAUGGUAAAAUAUCGGAAGGGAUUUGGUGGUCCAUGGUCAUUGGAGUUUUACGGUCUGAUUAAAUCACGAGCCUCAUGCAUGGUUAGGUGUAUAAAAGGGAGUCUGCAUUCAAUGCAUUCAUUGUAUUAUUACGAGCCUACUGCAAAGGUCACCUAGGUUACGCGCAUCCAUAUGAAGGGCGCCGCUAUAUUGCAUAAUGGAAGAAAUUAUGGGACAAG